AUGUCUGGUCCUCCAUCACCGUUGAUAGAGGGUUACCUGCGGGACGCGGGUUUUUGGCACGUGGCCACGAUAGGCCGGGGGUGCAAGUUGGACCCGAAACUAAUCAGUACGUUGAUAGAGAGGUGGAGACCCGAGACGCACACUUUCCAUCUUCAAUGCGGAGAGUGUACUAUCACUUUGGAAGACAUGGAGUUACAAUUGGGAUUGCCGGUGGAUGGGUACGCAGUCACUGGGUCUACUUAUUCUGCUGAUUGGGGCGCCGUAUGUUACGAGCUUUUGGUUGCUAUUCCGAACAAUAUCAACGGAGGUCGGAUUGAGAUGGGUUGGUUACAAGACACAUUUCCGGAGCCAGAUAAUAAUUCGACUGAACUAGAAAGAAUACGAUAUGCUCGGCCAUACAUUCUUGAGAUGAUCGGAGGUUAUCUAAUGCCGGACUUGUCACGAAAUCGCGUACAUCUGAUAUGGCUGCUGAAACUCGUUAAUUUUAGAGUAGCUGGUGAACUUAGUUGGGGAUCUUCCGUGUUAGGAACAUUGUACAGGAAGAUGUGCGGGGCGACGCGACCGAACAAAGCCAAAAUAAGAGAUUGCCUAUCACUACCGCAAUCAUGGGCACAGUUUCGCUUUCCAUUUUUACGUCCUUGA